AUGACGAACAGUUGUGUAACAAUUACUGCUAGCUCUGGUGUAGGGAAAACAGCCACUCUUCGACAUGUAGCUUUAAAGAUGUCCAAUGAGGGAUAUGAUGUUUUGCUUAUAACAGAUCCCGGUGACAUUGUCAAAUUUUACAAUCCAAACCAGAAAACAUUAUUUGUUAUUGAUGAUUUGUGUGGAAACUAUUCUUUAAACCAUACUGACAUAAAAAUUUGGGAACCUUUCAUAGAACGGUUAAAAGUGAUACUUCAAAAACAAGCUGCAAAAGUUAUUGCUGCAUGCCGUUUACAGCUGUACCAAGAUUAUAAGUUUGAAUCGUUAUCCAUUUUCAAGUCCUGUGUGUGUAACCUUUUAUCAGAAAAAAUGAGUUUGUCAAAAACUGAAAAACACAUGAUAGCUGAGUUAUAUCUUAAAAGUGAAGCUCCUAAAAUUUCUGAAUUUUAUGAUCUAUAUGAUUGUUUUCCACUAAUAUGCAAACUAUAUCAUGAUAAACCUAAUUUGAAUAUUACACAUUUUUUCCAAAACCCAUUUUCAGUUUAUGAAGCAGAGAUUGAGAUACUACAAAAGAAAGGAUGUUUUGCAAAGUACGGGGCUUUGGCCAUAUGCAUUAUGUUUAACAACAGAUUGCAGGAUAGAUUUCUGACAGAAGACGUGGAUAUCAAAACAAGAAUUAUUUUUGAGAACACUUGUGAGGCAUGUCGAUUAGAAAGAGGAACAUCAAGACUACUUCUAAAAGAUGAACUUGAUUCACUCAUAGACACAUUCAUAAAGAAAGAAGGAAAUGAAUACAAAAUUAUUCAUGAUAAAGUAUUUGACUUUCUUACCUUUCAUUUUGGACAUAAAAUAAUGCAAUGCUUAAUUAAGAAUGCUGACAGUGGUUUGAUUAUGGAAAGAUUUUUAUUAGAAAGACAGAAUGAUAUGGAUCAGUUUAUUAUAAUUGUGCCUCCCAAAUAUCAUCAAAUGUACAUAGAAAGAAUGAUAGAGGAUUGGUCAAAGGGUAUAGUGAAUGAUGUAUUCUGUAAUAUUAAUAUGACAAUUCCAGCCUUUCGACAUUUUUUUCUUUCUCAAUUGGAUCAACUUAAUACAUCCUAUCAGAGACAAUUAGCACACAUUAAUGAUUUACAUAACAAUAAUAAUGCGCUAUUGAUGUCUUGUUUUUAUGGUGAUAUUCCAAUCAUUAAUUGGUGUUUAAAAUAUUGUGUUGAUAUUAAUCAACAUGGUAAUAAUAAUUCAACACCAUUGCUUGAGGCUGCUGGUGAAGGACACACAGAAAUAGUUACAAUGUUAUUAGAAAGAGAAACAGAUGUUAAUAAAAGAGACAAAGACGGAUGGUCACCACUAAUGAGUGCUUGUGAAAAAGGACACACUGAAAUAUCAAAUAUUUUGUUAGAGAAAGGAGCAGAUGUCAAUAGAUGUGACAAUUAUGAUUGGUCUUCUGUAAUGUUUGCUUGUUACAAUGGACAUACAGAAAUAGUUAAGAUGUUGCUAGACAAAGGAGCAUAUUGUGAUGAAUGCAACAACGCUGGUUGGUCACCUCUAAUGUGUGCAUGUUACAACGGAUAUGCUAAAAUAGUAAAAAUGUUGUUGGACAAAGGGGUAGAUUAUAAUACUUGUUCAAUAGAUGGUUCGUCACCUGUAAUGUGUUCUUGUAUCAACGGACACACAGAAAUAGUUAAGAUGUUGUUGAAUAAAGGCGUUAUUUACAAUAAAUGCGAUAGAGAUGGUAUGUCACCUGUAAUGUGUUCUUGUAAUAAUGGACAUACAGCAAUAGUGAAAAUGUUAUUAGAUAGAGGAGUAAAUUAUGAUACAUGUGACAACAAUGAUUUCUCACCUUUAAUGUUUGCUUGUAGCAGCGGACAUACAGAAAUAGUAAAGUUAUUGUUAAAUAAAGGAGCCGAUUUUAAUAUAUGUAAUAUUAAUGGUUGUUCACCUAUGGUGUCUGCAUGUAACAACGGAAACACGAAAAUUGUCGAGAUCUUGUUGGACAAAGGAGCCGAUUAUAGCAAAUGUGACAACAACAAUUGGGCACCUAUUACGUAUGCCUGUUAUAACGGACACAAUGAAAUACUCAAAAUGCUGUUAGACAAAGGAGCAGAUAUAAAUAAAUGUACCAGUAAUGGUUGUUCACCUGUUAUGUUUGCUUGUAACAACGGAAACACAGACAUGGUGGCGAUGUUGUUAGAGAAAGGAGCAAAUUAUAAUAAAUGUAACAAAAAAGGUGUGUCUCCUUUAUUGGUUGCUUGUUACAAUGGACAUACCGUAAUAGUUAAUAUGUUGGUAGACAGAGGAGUAGAUUUUGAUAAAUGUAGACAUAAUGGUUGGUCACCUAUUAUGUGUGCUUGUUACAACGGUUAUUCUGAAAUAGUAAAACUGUUGUUGAAAAUUGGAUCAGAUUAUAAUAAAUGUAACAAUCUGGGUUUGUCAUCAUUGAUGUGUGCUUGUGACAAUGGACAUUCACACAUAGUGAGGAUUUUACUGGACAAAGGUGCAGAUUACAAUACAUGUUCUAAAGAUGGCUCGUCACCUUUAAUAUGUGCUUGUAAAAUAGGACACACAGAAAUUGUAAAGAUGUUGUUGGACAAAGGAGCAUUCUAUAAUAAAUGUAGCAACAAUGGGAUGUCACCGUUAUUAUAUGCGUGUAACAGUGGAAAUUCUGAAAUAGUCAAGAUGAUGUUAGACAAGGGGGCAGAUUAUACUAGAUGUGACAACAAUGAUUGGUCACCUGUAAUGAGUGCGUGUAUAAACGGACAUAUAGAAAUAGUUAAAAUGUUGUUACACAUAGAAUCAGAUUAUAAUAAAAGUGACAAAAAUGGUUCGUCACCUUUAAUGUGUGCUUGUUACAAAGGACACACAGAAAUUGUAAAGAUGUUGUUGGACAAAGGAGCAUUCUAUAAUAAAUGUAGCAACAAUGGGAUGUCACCAGUAUUAUGUGCUUUUAACACAGGAAAUACUGAAAUAGUCAAGAUGUUGUUAGACAUAGGAGCAGAUUAUAAUACAUUUGACCACAAUGAUUUGUCACCUUUACUGAUUGCGUGUAACAACGGACAUAUAGAACUAGUUAAAAUGUUGUUCGACAUGAACAUAGGAUUAGAUUAUAAUAAAAGUGAAAAAAAUGGUUGGUCACCUUUAAUGUGUGCUUGUUACAUAGGACACGCAGAAAUCGUAAGGAUGUUAUUGGACAAAGGAGCAUUCUAUAAUAAAUGUAGCAACAAUGGGAUGUCACCAGUAUUAUGUGCGUGUAACAGUGGAAAUGCAGAAAUAGUCAAGAUGCUGUUAGACAGAGGAGCAGAUUAUACAAAAUGUAACAACAAUUCCUGGUCACCAUUAAUGUACGGUUGUGCCAUGGGACAUACAGAAAUAGCAAGAAUAUUGGUAGACAAAGGAGCGGAUUACAAUAGUCAUGAUAUUUAUGGUUGGUCCCCUCUUAUGAGUGCUUGUAACAAUGGACAUUCAGAAAUAGUUAAAAUGCUGCUUGACAAAGGAGCAGAUUGUAAUAAAUUUAAUAAUAAUGGUUGGACACCUUUGGUGAGCGCUUGUAACAAUGGACAUACAGAAAUAGUUAAAAUGUUGCUAGACAAAGGAGCAGAUUCUAAAAUAUUUAACAACAAUAUUUGGUCAUCUGUGAUGAUUUCAAAUUACACCGUAAAAACAGACAAUAACUUGUCACCUGUUUCCUAUGUUCCUAAUAAAGGAUACACAGAAAUAGUUAGUAUAUUGUUAGACAAAGGUGCAGAUUAUAAUACAUGUUGCAACAACGGCUGGUCGCCUGUAUUGUUUGCUUGUUAUAAUGGUCUUGACGAAAUAGUGCAAUUGUUAUUAAAAAGAGGAGCAGAUUAUAAUAAACGUAACAACGAUAAUUUGUCACCUAUAAAGUGCGCUUGUAACCGUGGGCAUGAAAAAAUUGUGAGAAUGCUGUUAGUCAAAGGAGAAGAUUAUGAUAAAUGUGACAAUAUUGAUUGGUCAUAUGUAAUGAUGACUGGCAAAUAUGAUCAUACAGAUAAAAUACAAAAGUUGUUAGACAAUGCAGAAUAUUAUGAUGAAUGUAACAAUUAUACGCGGUCACCUAUAAUAUGUGCUUGUCACAGAAGACAUAAAAAACGAGCAGGUUUGCUGUUGGACGCAGAAGCAGAUUCUAAUACAUGUAGCCACUACGGUUGGUCUCCUGUAAUGCAUGCUUGUAACGAAGGACACGUAGAAAUUGUUAAGAAUUUGUUGGACAAAGGAGCAGAUUAUAAUAAAUGUGACAUCAAUGAGCGGUCGCCUCUAAUGUGCGCUUGUUAUGUAGGGCAUACAGAUAUAGUUCAGAUUUUGUUAAACAAAGGAGUAGAUUAUAAUAAAUGUGACAACAAUAAUGUGUCACCUCUAAUGUGGUCGUGUAACAAAGGACAUACAGAUAUAGUGAAGAUGUUAUUAUAUAAAGGAGCAGAUUUACAUAAAUGUGACAACAAUGACUGGUCACCUAUUAUGUAUGCUUGUAACAAAGGACAUCGAGAAGCAGUAAAGUUUUUUUUAGACAGAGGAGCCGACUUUGAUAAAUGUAACAUUAAUGGUUGGUCUCCUAUAAUGUUUGCUUGUUACAACGGAAACACUGAAAUUGUAAAGAUGUUGUUGGACAAAGGAGCAAAUUAUAUUAAAUGCAACAAAAAAGGUGUGUCACCUUUUAUGCUGGCUUGUAACAAAGGACAUACAGAAAUAGUCAAGAUAUUUUUGAACAGAGGAGUAGAUUAUGAUAAAUGUAACAAAAAAGGUGUGUCACCUAUAAUGGUUGCGUGUUACAACGGACAUGUAGACAUAAUGUUUAUGUUGUUAGACAGAGGGGCAGAUUUUAAUAAAUGUAGAAAAAAUGGUUGGUCACUCAUAUUGUUUGCUUGCGGCAAAGGAUAUACAGAAAUAGUUAAGAUAUUGUUAGAUAAUGGAGUAGAUUAUAAUAAAUGUAGCAACAAUGGUUUGUCACCUAUCAUGAAUGCUUGUGACAAAGGGCAUACAGAAAUAGUAGUUAUGCUGUUGGAAAAAUGCGUAGAUUAUAGAAAAUGUAACAAAGAUGGUGUAUCGGUUUUAAUGUUUGCUUGUAACAGAGGAAAUACACGAAUAGUUAAAAUAUUGUUGGACAGAGGAGUCAAUUGCAAUAAAUAUGAUAAUGUUGGCUGGUCACCUAUUACUAAAGCUUGUGCAAAAGGAUAUACAGAAAUUGUAAAGGUGUUGAUAGACAGAGGGGUAGAUUAUAAUAAAUGUGAUCGUAAUGGUUGGUCACCUUUAAUGAUUGCUUGUAAUAAUGGAUAUAUACCCAGUCAACAGACUAACAGUGGGCCAACGUUGAGUCGGUCAGAAAAAAAACAUAGCUGUAAAGAGUCUUCGGAUAAGGAGAUAGAUGAUGCAGCUUAA